AAACACCAUCCAAGGAAAAUUUGAAGAUUUUCACAAAUUUAAUGACUGAUAGAUUUUUUGCUCAUGGGGUCAGACGAUCCAUACAUCAUCACAGAGGUUCAAAAUAUGUUUAUAAAUUUGCUGUUGAUUCACCCACAAAUAAUUUACACAGAAUUAAAUAUUGUGGCAAAGAAGUUACAGGAACUUGCCACGCUGAUGAAGUAUCUUAUAUAUUUAAUUCUUCAUCCAGCCAAAGAUACGAAGAAGGAACUGUCGAACAAAAAACUAUUAACUUAAUAACAGAUUUAUUAUCAAAAUUUGCACAAAAUAAAAGUAAAGCACCGCAAUGGUCCAAAUUAUGGCCUGAAUGGGCUGAAAACCAAGAGCAUGUUUUACACAUAUCAAAUGGUGGCCUAGAAGUCAUUGAUGGUUUAUUCAAAGAGCGAAUGAAAUUUUGGAAUGAAUUGUAUAAAAAUGCGUCUUCUACUAUAUAA